AUGAUGAUAGACUUACGCAAGAACGACAUUGCAGAGCUGGACCAAAGCUCACGUAACGCUCAAUAUCGCCUCCUUGCGAAGCUGAAAAGGGAUCAUCACUAUGUUCUCCUAGACCCGAAAUGCUACAAGGAGGAUGAUGAUGAGCAAAAAGGCCGUCGAGCCGCCGAAGCUAUGAAAGAGCUUGUCAGGGUGCUGGGGCAGAUGUACACUGCCGACUCCAGGCUGCUGCAAUGCGAUGGCUGGUAUGAGGAUCAGGCGCAGGAGCAAUUCUAUCUUGUUUUUCGGUUGCCUCCCAAUAUCGAGGAACCACUCACGAAACCCCUCUUUUUAGACGAGUUUUACAGCACCUAUCGACCUGGGCUACACAUGCGUUUUCAAUUGGCCCGCGCCCUUGCUUCAGCAGUCCUCGAAGUUCACAAACAAAAUUGGUUGCACAAGGGUAUACGUAGCGACAAUGUGAUCUUCUUCCACCGCAACAAGAAUGAGAAACGCAGCAUGGGCGAUCCGAAACUGAUAGGUUUUGACUAUUCUCGAAAGGACAUGCCAGACGUUUAUUCAGAAAAGCCUAUUUUCACCGCCCCUACCACAUUACUUUUCAGGGCGACGCACGCGAAUCUUUACCGGCAUCCUGAUGCUCUUCGAAACCCGACUGUACAUUUCAACCGUCUACAUGACUACUACGCUUUGGGUGUUGUCCUCGUGGAAAUAGCCUGGUGGAGUCCCAUGGAGACUAUCCUCAGAAAGCACCAGGAACUUCAGGGAGAAGAAUGCCUCGAAACUGAUGUCGAAAAGGUCCAGGACACCCUCUUGGACCGCGAUGUCUAUUCCGCCGAGCAGUAUCAAGCGGUGCUUACGUUCACAAUGGGAGAUAUAUACAGAGAUGUGGUCAACGCGUGCUUGAAAAGUGACUUCGACGUUGGCGUGAACGAAUCUAUGCUGCUGGAAUCAUUCGAACGGCGUGUGCUUGGACCUCUGCAAAAAAUAGUUGUUUAG